AUGAAGGGUUUUUCGUCCUGCGUUUUUGUGGGCGGCCUGGUUUUGCUCUCGGUCUCCACCGGCACACCCGUAGAUGCCGUGGAAAGCAACCAAAACGUGAAGACGGAUGCUGGAACCUCAAAUGACGAGGUCGACGCGACGGAGAAGGACGCGCCCGCGCCCGAGGAAAAAGUUUGCCUCUGCACGCGUGAAUAUCACCCCAACUGUGGCGAGGACGGUGUCACGUACUCGAACCCAUGCCUUCGCAAAUGCAAAGGUGUUGGCCUGCGCCACGAAGGACCUUGCGAGAAAAAGGGGCAGCGACUGAGACUGCGACGCCUCCAGGAGGUUGAUGGCGAGCAGGCGGAAGCGGACGAGAAGACAGAAGAUGAGCCGGAGGAAGGGUGCGCCUGCCCUUUCAACAUUGUGCCCAACUGUAGAGUGGAUGGCGUGACGUAUGCGAACCACUGCAUUCGCGAUUGCCUUGGUGUCGAACUGCUCCACGAUGGCGGCUGCGCUGAAGGCGAAGAGCCCGAGAAAGAGGAAGACCAGCCCGAGGAAGGCCCGGAGGGUGAAGGACUCGCCGCUGAGUGCAUCUGCCCGCUGAACUUGGUGUGGAACUGCGGCACGGACGGCCGAACGUACGGCAACCACUGCGAACGCGAAUGCCACAAAGUGGGACUGGAGCACGAGGGUCCCUGCAAGGGUGACGAGCAUCUGGACGUCGCCAUCCGGGAUGAUGCAGACGGUUCUGAGUAA